AUGUUGGGUGCAGAAGAACCAAAUAGUCCAGAAGGUGGAGGAGUUUCAUCCUCAUCUUCAACUUCAUCACAUUUCUCGCCUCCUCCACAUGAGGCACAACACAUGAUCGACCAAAAUCUACUAGAAAAUGGAGCCUUUGAUCUAGCUUGUCCCGAGUCCUUCACUCAAAUUAUGGAGCAAGUAAAAGAAGAAGAACAAGGACAAGAACUUGUUAAUUCUGACGCUUGUUCCACUAAUUGCACAGGGAAUAUUGAGCGUAAAAGACGCCGUACUCCUACUGAUCAAGAAGAAGGAAUUAAUAAUGACAUUGUAGAGGCAGUAUCUGAAAUACGUAGAACUAAUGUUGGUCCCCGGAGAUACUAUGCUUUGUUCGGUCUCAACACUUCUACUGAUGAUGAAGCAGAAGAAGGGCAGCAACAGAAUGAAAGAGGAGAAGAGUUUGGAAAUCAAGAUUCAGAACAACAAGAAAGUGGAGAGAAAGAAAAUCUUGAAUCUGAACCAAACGAAGAAGAAGAAACAGAGAAUGCGGGAGAUACAGAACAUAAUAGGAAUCAUCAAAAUUCUGAACAACAAGAAAGUGUAGAGCAUAAUGACAAUCAAGAUACUGAACAACAAGAAAAUGGAAAUCAAGAAUCUGAACAAGAUAAUGAAGAGGCCAGCGAAAAUGAUGAAAAUCAAGAAGAAAAUGACAGGGAAGGAGAGGAGGAGUCAGAGGUGGACGAAGAAGAAAAACGAAAAGCAAAUGAAAAAGGAAAACGUCCAAUGUCUGAAAUCUGCAAAUUAAAAUUCAUGAUCCCUAAAUUCUCCAAAUUUGAAAAAGGUGGACCGUCAGAUACCCCAGAAGGAGAUCAAACUCAAGAAGAUGAUGCUAAUGAUCAGUUAAACAACGAAGAUCAGUACAAUGAUGAUGAUGAAGAUGAAGAUCAUCAGGUUUUGGCAAUUUUAAAGUCAAUCUGGCAUUUCAACUGCAACAACGGGUAUUUCCCAUAUCCUACCUCAGAUGAACUACAUAAUCACAUUAUGGAUUCAGUUACCAACUUGAAAAUCCUUGGAGAGGAUUUAACUAAUAAGAUCAUAGCAUUAGAGGAUAAUUUCAAUACAGUUAGGGCACUGGAUGGAGAUAAUCCCGAUACGGAUCGUCCUAUUCAUCGAGAAAUUUUUAACUUGUCUAUGCGAUUAUGGGGUAAUUCUGAAGACCAAAUUGGCAAUGUUGAACAACAAAAUCAGGAAUUAUAUGAUGUGAAUAUAGAGCAAAAUAGUACUGCUGAUGAUCUUGAGGGCUGGAGCUGCUGA